UGUGUCAGAAGCGGUUUUCUUGGACCUCUGUGCGACGUUGCACUUCUGGAGGAGGAAAUGGCGCCCGUCAGGUGCAUCGGGUUUUACAGUGGCCGACUAGUGAAGCAGCCUCGAAGUUGACACGCAUCCGUCCGGACUGAGCGGGCACAGAGAUAUGUUUUCAAACGGAGAGAGACACGGCUGGUGUCGGGUGGUGAAGACGUGAGAGCAGGCACGCCAGGAAAGGGCGCUGACAUUUGGGAACACUGCUGGUACUGUGCACUUGAAGAGGAAUGGCUAAAGAGCAGAAACAAAGCAGGGCAGAAACAUUUGUACUGGCUGGAUCAAACGGUCACAAUGACCAACAGUGGCAGACCGGUAUAAUGAAUACCUUGGUCAGUCACUCCCCGGCCACCAACCACGCGUCGAGGAUGGCCCGGGUCGCUUCGGACGUGAGGCACAAGUGCGCGGCCUACGUGCUGGCGCUGAGGCCGUGGAGCUUCAGCGCCUCGCUCACGCCCGUGGCCCUCGGCAGCGCCUUGGCGUACAAACUGGACGGCUCUGUGGACUUGGUCAUCCUGAUGGUGUGCGCGGUGGCCGUCCUCGUAGUCCACGGGGCAGGCAACCUUGUGAACACCUACUAUGACUUCUCCAAAGGGAUUGACCACAAGAAGAGCGAUGAUAGGACUCUCGUGGACGAAAUCUUGGCACCGCAGGAUGUUGUCAUGUUCGGAGCGUUGUUGUAUUCUUUGGGGUGCUUGUGUGCCACUCUGCUCUACUUCCUGUCUACACUUAGACUGGAGCACCUAGCCCUUAUUUACUUCGGGGGACUUUCCAGCUCUUUUUUAUACACUGGAGGCAUCGGUCUCAAGUACGUGGCCCUGGGAGACGUGGUAAUCCUCAUCACCUUUGGCCCGCUGGCAGUCAUGUUUGCCCACGCCGUGCAGGUUGGCUACCUGUCAGUGCUGCCUUUGGUGUACGCCGUCCCGCUGGCCCUCAACACAGAAGCCAUCCUCCACAGCAACAACACCAGAGACAUGGACUCUGACAAGCAGGCGGGCAUCGUCACCCUGGCCAUCCUAAUAGGCCCCACGCUGUCCUACGUCCUCUACAACCUCCUGCUUUUCGUCCCCUACGUGCUCUUCUGCAUCCUCGCCACCCGAUACACCAUCAGCAUGGCGCUGCCUCUACUCACGCUGCCCAUGGCCUUCACACUGGAGAAGCAGUUUCGCAGCCGAUGCUACGCCAAGAUCCCCCAGAAGACGGCCAAGCUCAACCUCCUCAUGGGACUUUUCUAUGUGUUUGGGAUCAUUCUGGCACCUCCAGGCAGCUUGCCGUUACUGUGAUGAUUUAGCUUUGAUCUUUCCAGUUCGAUUGUUUUAAUACAGACUAGUUUAUGUACCUCUUUGUAUUUGUACGAAGCUAUCUGAGGGUUUUCACUGGCUUUAAUUUAUUGUUUAAUUUAUACAUUGAACAGAGAUUUAGUUCAAGUUCUACUCUGUGACAGUGAAGGCAUAAUCAGUUGUAUUUUGUUUUUACAGUAUUAAGCCUGCUGUAACGUGUUGGUUAAAGUAAGACGUGUUCGUGUCAUUUUGUAGAGGUAGGCAACGUUUUUAUCAAAGACAGACAAUAAACCUACAGUUGCCAUAUUUGUCAUUCAAGACAUGUUCAACACAACCUAAAAAUGUCAAUAAACCAUUAUUCACGUUUCUAACAUUGUACUUUCUGUACGGUACAUACUGUUAAUUUCUUCAUUGUUCAUUUGUUCUGUUUUUUUUUGUUGUUGUUGGAGAGCCAAAUAGUAUUUCAUUGGACUGUAAUUAAACUCAGAUGCUGAA